CUCUCGGCGGGGCGAGCGCGACCAUUUUGCGGGGGGGAGCGGCGGGAGCGGGUCCGGCACCGACACCGGGACCGGCAGCGCGAUCGGGGAGCGGCACCGGGAUCGGCACCGGGGAGCGGCACCGGCGGCGGCGCCUGACGGGGGAGCGGCGGCUCCGCAGGCGCGGCCUGAGGCGCUGGGCCCAGCGCUCCCGCUCGCUCCGGGCGGCCUCCGCGGCCUCCGCGGCCCCGUUUGCUCCGCGCCCGGCCCCGCGCGGCCCGAAGCGCCGGGAAGAUGUCGCGGCCCGUCAGGAACAGGAAGGUGGUCGAUUACUCCCAGUUUCAGGAAUCAGAUGAUGCUGAUGAUGAUUAUGGAAGAGAUUCAGGUCCCCCAUCCAAGAAAAUCCGUUCAUCUCCCCGAGAGGCUAAAAACAAGAGGAGAUCUGGGAAGAAUUCUCAGGAGGACAGUGAGGAUUCAGAAGACAAAGAUGUGAAGACUAAGAAAGAUGAUUCACACUCAGCAGAUGAAGAUUUUGGCAGUGAAGACGAUGACGUAGGAGCUGACGAUGGCAAAGCCGACAGUGACUACGAGAGCUCUCAAAAAAGCAAAAAAGGAAAGAAAGCUAAACCAGACAAGAAUAAGAGAGCAGCCUCCAAAUCCAGGAAAAGGCCUGCAGAGGACAGCGAGGAUGAGAAGGAAGAUCACAAAAAUGUUCGUCAGCAGCGGCAGGCGGCAUCCAAAGCAGCCUCCAAACAGCGGGAGAUGCUCAUGGAUGAUGUGGGGAGUGAGGAGGAAGAGCAAGAGGAUGAUGAGGCACAGUUCCAGGAGACAGAUUCAGGAAGUGAUGAAGACUUCCUCAUGGAAGAUGAUGAUGACAGUGACUAUGGCAGUUCAAAAAAGAAAAAUAAGAAGGUCUCCAAGAAAUCCAAGCCAGAGAGGAAAGAAAAGAAAAUGCCCAAGCCCAGGCUAAAGGCUACAGUGACCCCCAGCCCAGUGAAAGGCAAAGGGAAGGCAGGUCGCCCCACAGCUUCCAAGGCAACAAAAGAAAAGACCCCAUCCCCCAAAGAAGAGGAUGAAGAGCCUGAAAGUCCCCCAGAAAAGAAAAAAUCAGCCAGCCCUCCACCAGAAAAGUCAGGGGAUGAGGGAUCUGAAGAUGAAGCACCCUCUGGUGAAGAUUAAAAUGGCAGUUGAGGAAAAUCUUUGUUUAAAAAAAAAAAGAGGAAAAAAAAAAAGAAAAAGGAAAAGAAAACAAUACUUAGGGGUAGAACACGGUUUUGGCUGUGGCUUGACUCAUGGGCUUUGAAUGCUGUCUUUACUUUCAGCUGUUUAAUACAGUGUAUUCUUUUUUAAUAAGAGGAAACCCUUCUACAGUAAUAUUUUGAAGUCAAUGUUCUCUGUUGGCCAUUCCGUUCUCCCUCCCCUGCCAAAUCUGAAAAGCCAUUUAAGACAAAUUAACAGACCAUUCAAUAUUUUAUUUUUGUUUCAAGGGAUACUGCAGUUGUGAAGCAAUAAGGUUUGAGACUGAUCUGUGGAAAGCAUACUUACAAAUCCUUAAGUAGAAUAGAUUUUUCCCAGUGCUGGUAAGAGCUGUUUAAAACUAUUAUUCUGUAUUUGAAAUAUAUGGAAAAAAAAAAUAAUGAGCCUCUGCUUUAAAAGACUUUGAGAUGAGUUCACUCUCAGCAAAAAUGUAGUGGAUCUAAUUCCAGUGGAGGAGGAUGGAACACAGGGAGGAAUCCUGUGUUUCUUGGAUUCAGGCACGUUUUUCAUGGAAAGCAAUCAAGAAACUCGGAGAUGCUCCAGUGUCUUUGAUUUAGACAAGACCCUCCAGUCAGGAUGGGAGAGUUUUGUCUCUGCUGGAUAGAAAACUGUGCUGCUGUAGGCAAAUUGCAGCCCAUUCCAGAGAAAUUCAGAUAUUCAAUCUACAGCCUUCCCAUAUCCAGUCACCCUUCUUUUAUUCCUGCUGUAGAGGGGCAGAACAGGGAAGAGAAAUUGCAAAAUCAGUUUUAAAACUGCUUUCCAUUGGGUACCGUGGAAAAUGUUUUUAUUAUAGAAUUUUCCAAG